AUGGGUGUAAAUCUUGGAUUUGGUGGCUGGAUCAGUCAGAACACUCAACAGCCUCCCAAAGUUGAUUCCAAAAGAUCUGAGAAUGUUGAAUCUAAGUCCGUGUCCGAGGGAAACACUAAUAAUAAUGCCCCUGCUGAGAAGAAGGUGUAUUAUGACGUAAAUGAGCAGAUGAAGCAAGAUCAACUUUGGCAUGAUGCAGAGAAGAAGCAUCCAUGGUAUGAUUCCCCACCUAAGGUCAAGGUGACAACGAAAAAGGGUCUUUACCAUAUGAACAUAGAGUUUACAGUGGGAAUGACUCCUGAUGGAGUCCACGACAUUUUCACUAAUCCAAGUAGCAGUGGAUUUUUCGAUCAUGACAAAUGGCGCCACUUUAUGGGAAAAUAUAAGAAAGAGAAAAUGAUGUUCAUGAAAGUGUUUGAGGGUAGCUGGAAAAUCGAGCCACUAUAUGUAGAUUCCGAGCGCUUGUGCAAGCAAACGGUGCCAAAAAGUCGAGAAGAAUAUAAAAAAUGCAGCCGCGGUCAAGGAAAGGUUGCGUCCAAAGUGACAAUGAACCAAUACUUUCAGCCAUAUCCUCUUUUUAAUCUGCCGCCGCUUUCGUGGUACAUUCGUGGGAUCACCCUCAAGACCACCAAAACUCUUGUCAAAAUGGUUCAAAAUUUUGCUACUGUGAUUCGUAUGGCUGAGACUAGUUGA